CUCUUCAGCAAGGCAUUUCGGGAGCCACGGUCGUACCGUGUACAUCAAGUAUUCCCAAUAUAAGCAAAAAAAAAAAAAAAAUCGUUAAUAUCGAUUCUUAUAUUGAUAUUUUAAUCCCUUGUGACAAACAGUGAUUUUUGUUCAUCGAUUUUUUUUUUUCGGAAAUUUUAACAGAAAAUUUUGGAAAUUUUUUACCAAAAUUUUUUUUUUUACAUAAAAAGUGAAUUUUAGACGAAGAAAUUAGUGUGAUAUGACCCUAGUGAAAAAAGAGAGCAUUGUUUUACCAAUAAUGUUGACUCAACAACAUAUUCGUCAUCAUGGACUUGUGCCUGUUUCUGUAAAUAAUGUAUCACAGCAACAAAUUCAUCGUGGCAAUGUUAUUGUAUCAACUGGUACAUUGGCAACAGGUACGGAUGUGAAAAUUGCUCUACAACAGCAGCAGCAACAACAACAGCAGCAGCAGCAGCAGCAAAAUUGUAAUAAUAAACGUACAAAAAUGUAUCAAACAACACCCUAUGGUACAGUACAUCAACCGGCAUCAGUUGCACGUCGCAAUGCACGUGAACGUAAUCGAGUGAAACAAGUGAACAAUGGAUUUGCAAAAUUACGUCAGCAUAUACCGCAAAGUGUUGCACAGGCAUUGGGUGGUAAUACAGCGGGUACACAUGGUGGUGCUCGUGCCGGUAGUAAAAAACUCUCUAAAGUUGAAACAUUAAGAAUGGCAGUUGAAUAUAUAAGAAGUUUACAAUUAUUAUUAGACGAUCAAGAUGGUUCGGAAAUUGAUGCAUCAACAUCAAUUUUAUCAUCGUCACCAAAUUCAUCGAAUCAACAACAUUCACCAAUUGAAAUGAGACUACAUGCACCAAGUGAACAUGGUAGUGAUAUUAGUGGACAUUAUAGUCAUAAUCAUCAUCAUCAUCAUCAUAGUCAGCAGCAUCAGCAGCAUCAUAAUAUGAGACAAAAUCCAUCGAGUCCUGGUUAUGCAGCAACACCAUGCUCAGAGGCAUCGAGUGCAUCGCCAACGCCAAGUUUUGUAUCGGAGGCAUCGUCAGCUGGUAGUCAAGGUUAUGGAACCAGUUCAUCGGUGACGUUGUAUGUUGCACCGUCCGAUACAUAUGAUAUGUAUGAGCCAACAAGUCCUGAGGAUGAGGAAUUACUGGAUUGCAUCUCCUGGUGGCAGCAGAGCCAAGGAUGAUGAUGAGGAAGUUUCAUUAUUGGGAGUUUGACUUCCGCCUCUCUAACAGAAUUCCAUAAAAGACUGUACAUAUAAAAAAUAUAUAUGUGUAUUCUGAAAGAGAGGAAAACCUCCAUCGGCUGUUCCACCAACUGUGAUCUAGUCAAAAAAAAAAAAAAAAAAAAAAAAUCCCUCUGGGAAAAAACAAUUUCCGGCGGAAAAAAUUCAUAUAUAUUUUAUUAAUAAUGUAAAAAUACAUUUUUCAUUUUCGAAAAAAAAAAUAAUGUAAUAAAAAUAAUAUUUCUCAGCCCAAAAAAAAAAAAAGAAAAAAAAAUGGUACAUUAUUAUUA